CGCGCAGCACAAUAACCUGUGUGUUUUUCAAUGGUAAAGAUUGUUUUGCUUGCUUCGGAAUUGAAAUAGUUUACUUAUUGUUCAAGUGCAUAGAUUAAAGUGGGUUUGGUUCGGUUCUAUUAUCGCCUAAAUCCUAGUGGGCAACAGUAGCCGUCACAGCAUGCCCAGCGCUUCGUUUUAUAUCUCGUAAUCUCUGGAAAUUGUGAAAAAGUUUGGAGGAAGCACUGCUGCUGCUGCUAACGGUGCCGUCCGUCGCUAUUGCGCAAUCAUUUAAUGUUGUCUACAGCAAUAUUGGGUCGCAGAACUCGUUUACCCUUGCAAGCGUUCAAUUCAUGGCGAAGGCGCCUUCGAACCAAUAGAAGCAGCUCCGUCCCAGCAUUUACCCAGCAGCACCGGGAACAGGCAACCCAACAGCAGUCACUGCAGUUGACGCGUUCGUUUCAUUCACACAAAGCCAUGGACUCUCCGCCGGAUGUAUUUCGUGGUCUAACGGAUCGCUUCGCGGGCGUUACAGUGGAUGGCCGCGAGGAGAAGGUCGAAAAGUCCGAGUUUGAGGAAAAGCUGAAAAAAUCAUUGGAGUGGUGGACAAACAACAAGAAUCGUGCCAUUUGGUUUCGCGUGUACAAGGAGCAGGCUGAUUGGGUGCCCAUUUUGGCAGCGUCCGGCUUCGAUUUCCAUCACGCCCGCACCGGCGUGGUGGUCAUGUACCGCUGGCUGCCCACGCACGAGUCCAGCAACCUGCCCAACUACGCCCACACGCUGCUGGGCGUUGGGGGCUUGGUGAUCAACGACAAGGAUGAGGUGCUGGUGGUGUCCGAUCGCUAUGCGAUGAUACCCAAUAGCUGGAAGCUGCCCGGAGGCUAUGUGGAGCCGCGCGAGAAUCUCAUCGAUGCGGCCAUACGUGAGGUGGAGGAGGAGACUGGCAUCAGGACCACCUUCCGUUCAGUGGUGUGCCUGCGGCAUGCGCACGGCGGCAACUUCGGCUGUUCGGAUAUCUAUAUGGUGAUUGCCCUGAAGCCCCUCAAUUUGGACUUUACGCGCUGCGAGCGCGAGAUCGCCCGCCUUCAGUGGAUGCCCAUCGCAGAGUAUUUGCAGCAUCCUCAGGUGCACGAGACGAAUCGUCAGUUUGUGCACACAUUCCUCGACUACCAGAAGCGCGGCCUGGUGCUCACCUGCCGCAAUCAGGUGCACCAAGUGCUCAAGAGGGAAUACAAUCUGUACUUUGUGGACGGCAAACAGUCGAAGCCCGACGAUGGCCCAAAGCUGUGAGUGGGCAUGGGCUAUGCUAUGGUAAUGGUCAGCCGCUUCCAAAUGGCAGAAAACAUUUUUAAGGGAAUUGCACACAAAUUUAGAUAAAUAGAGAUUAAUUUUUUUAAUGUACUUUGUAUUGUUAAAUGUGCCAAAUGAAAGGCCAGCCACUGGCCAAACAGU